ACCUCUGAGCGCAUGCGCGCUGGAAAGCGGCCCUGUUAUUAUUUAUGUGGGGUCCAAGAUGGCGGCGACGCACAGGAUAGUCAAUUUAGCGGAGCUGGUGGCGGCUCGCGCGACAUAGGAAGUUUCGCCGUCACCAGCGCUCCCGGCUACACGGCCUAGACGUACGGGCGCGAGCGGAGCGGCUGAUAGGGCGCCGGCAGAGAGCUCCGGCGGGCGGCGGCCGGGUAGAAGAGGGAAGAAUGGCGGAGCCGCGCAGGGUGCCGUUUGUUAGCCUGUCACCCGUGAAGCCACGCGAGAUCGUGGGCAGCCUGAUAGCCGAGCAGCAGCGGAGUACAGCGGCCCCGGCGGCUCAGCGCUCCCAGGCGGCCCGACCUCCGCUCCCCGGCAUGCAGCAGAGGCCUCCCCCGCAGACCCCGCUCCAGCGGCCGCAGAGAGAAGCAGCUACUUCCUCCACUACGGUCCGGGAGGCCGCAUCCUGCCCCCCCGCCAAGGCCGAACCCAAAGCGGAGGUCGAGAGGCCGAGGCCCCGGAACACCGUCCGCCUGGAGCUGACCCUCAGCGACCCCACCGAGGAGAGCUGCGCCGAGUUCAGCUACCGCCUGCUGCUGCAGAACGACAAGAAGGGGGGCGCUGCGGCCAAGGAGGAGGUCAAAAUUCCACCUCCUAAUGAUCCGUUUAAUGACGACGAACGUGAAAGGCUUGAAGUAGAAAGAAUGGCAAAGAAAUUUGAAGCAAAAUAUGGCGUGAAAAGUCAUCGCCAUCGUAAGGAUAGAAUGCAGGAUCUGAUCGACAUAGGUUAUGGCUAUGAUGAGACAGAUCCCUUUAUUGAUAAUUCUGAGGCAUACGAUGAGUUGGUUCCAGCUUCCUUGACCACGAAAUACGGAGGAUUUUAUAUUAACACAGGAACACUGCAGUUUCGUCAAGCUUCAGAUUCUGAAACUGAAGAUUUUGUACAAAGUAAAAAGCACAAAUCAUCAAAGGUAUCUAAAUUGAAAGAUGAUGACCGCUCACUUAAAAAACGUAAAAGGAAAGAAGAUCCAGGGGAGAAGGAAAAACAAUCGAGAAAACUGAAAGUCGCCAAGACGAUGGGGGUAGUUGCCUUUAAUGCGCAUAAACCUGAAAAGAAGAAGAAGAAGCUGUACAAAGACUCCAUGACUCUGGCUGCAAUGCUUCAGAAAUUCCAGAAGGAAAAAGAUGCAAUGCGAAAAAGUGAAAUCAAACCAAACCCACCAACUGUGACUGUGGUCUCUGCCCCUCCAAAGACCAACUCUGCCCCUGUUACCAACGAUUUGUCUGACCUGACACUUGGUAAUGACCCUGUCCUUGCCAUCUUUGGUGGCGGCAGUGAGCGGGAGCUCUUGCAGGAGGCAGAGUGCGCCCUUGAAAUGCUCGGGGAUUUUGACUUUGAUAAACUUUUGGAUUCUGCAUCCAAUGACAGUCCUGCCGCUUCAGAUCAGGGUGAGAAUGGCAAUAUUGUCCCAUCAACCAAUCCGGGCCAGGUGCAGACACCGAAACCAGUCCCACCUCUUCCUGAGGGUCUUCCGGCUCAGUUGGAAAAACGAAUUGAAGACCUGAGGGUGGCUGCGAAAAUGUUUGAUGAAGAAGGUCGGAAAAAGUUUUUUACUCAAGAAAUGAAUAACAUUUUGUUAGACAUUGAGCUGCAGCUGCAGGAACACUGCCCAGCAAAUAGGAAUGGGGUUUAUGGUUACAUUGAAGCCUUUGUACCAUGCACUAAAGAUACCCUUGUGAAAAGACUGAAGAAACUGCACCUUCACGUACAGGAUGACCGACUGAAAGAACCACUGCAUAAACUAAAAACUGCUAUCAGUAAUGUGAUGCCUGUCCAGCUGAACAGAUACCAAGAGGACUGUCAGGCACAUAAUCAAGCUAGAAAUGCCAAGCAUCAAGCUGGGGAUGAUGGUGACCGUAACCCCUCAGAGGAGGAAGAUGAAGAGAAGCCUGGAAAGAGAGUGAUGGGUCCGAGGAAAAAGUUCUUCUGGGAUGACACAUUAAGGAAUUUACUGUGUAAUCUGGUGAAGAUUAAGCUAGGCUGCUAUGAACUCGAGCCCAAUAAAAGUCAAUCUGCUGAAGAUUACCUGAAGACCUUUAUGGAGACAGAAGUAAAACCUUUAUGGCCGAAAGGGUGGAUGCAGUCCAGGAUGCUUUUUAAGGAGAGUCGCAGUGUACAUAACCACCUCACUUCUGCUCCAGCGAAGAAGAAAGUUAUAUUGGUCCCAAAACCCAAAGUUAAGGAAUCAAGUCCUAAAAAGGAACAGAAGGUUUCCACUCCUCUCCCUAAUGCAGCUCGUGCACCUUCUCUGAAUACUACGCCUAUCGGAGGUCCUGCAAGCACCACUUGCUCUGAGACUAUUUGCUUGGAUGACUCCUUAGAUGAGCAGCUUUCGUUCAAAACUCCUUCACUAGAUUCGAUCUCUGAAGCUCUGGCUGUUCUAAAGAACGGAUCUGGCCCAUCACCCAGUUCUCACACAGAAACCCCAACGUCCCGGCCAAAAGUUACCCUGAGAGAAGAAAAGUUAGCUUCUAUCAUGAGCAAAUUACCAUUGGGUGGCCCUAAAAAGGCCGAUACUCCUCAGCACACCAAUAGUCUCAUUGCAGGCCACUCAAACCCUGUACCAAAGAAGCCCCAGGAUCAUGCAACAGCCCAUUCAACAGUGGUGUCUGGGCUCAUUGCAGGUUCUUCCAUUCAGAAUCCCAAAGUGUCAUUGGAACCACUGCCGGCUAAGCUGCUUCAGCAAGGAAUGCAAAGGUCUUUGCAAGCUGAGGUAUCUUCCUCCUCUACACCUGCUAAAAUGAAAGCAUCUUCUGCUUCUCAGCCUAAAACAGCAUCUGCUUCUUCUUCCUCGUCACCAUCUUCCACUUCAGUGCCAUUGACAUCCUCGUCACAUGCCCAUGUCUCUUCCUCCUCAUCACAACUACAGAACUCUUCCUUGCAGACAGUCAAGAUCAAUCCACCCAUUCAUCAAAACUAUGUUUCUCCUUUGCAAGCUACAAUAAGCAGAUCUCAUACUAACCCUGUUGUACGCCUGACCAGCAGUCCCCUGAUCACUUCCACCUCACCCAUUAUCAAGACACCUGAGAAAACAAUUGGUUACAGACCGCCUUCUUCACCUUCUCCAGGGAGCAGUCAGCAUACGCCAGUGUCUCGAACAGCUGCCUCUUCUACCUCGAGUAACUUAAUGUCAAAAAAUGUUGGCUCUCACAAUUCAAACCCAGGUUUUAAGUCCCCAUACACCAUGGCUCCUUCACCCAAACCUACCACCUCUCCCAGUUCUUCCAGUUCAUGUUCUCCUGUCUCCCAAAACAAUCCACAUCAUAAACUGGCAAGUGGAAUGAACAUUGGACGACCUUCACCGACAGUUAGCCCGAUACCUUCUGGUCGAGGCACAGCAGUUAUUCAGGGAAUAAGAAACCCUUCUGCACCCCUCAAGAUCCCUAGCUCCUCUCCCAAAUUGGUUUCACCAGUUAUCAGGCAGACAAACCCCUCUCCAAAAAUAUCUAUUUCUUCUCCGGUACCAUCUCCUGUCCCUUCUCCAAAAUUGUCCAGUCCAUCUCCGAAAGUACAAAGCCAAUCCCCAAAACCACCCAACCAGCCUGUAAAAAACCCCAGCCCAUCUCCUAAGUCAGUAAACUCUAUACAUACCGGGCCUAUUAAGACCACAAUUCCCAGCUCUGUUAUAAAUGUGCCUAUCAGCAGAGCCAAUCAAAAUGCAACUGUUUCAAAUAGGACUCAUAUUACCGGGGAAACAGGGAGCGGAGCGCUGGGUGCUACUAAACAGCCAAUGCCUCACAGACAACAAUCUGCCUCAGGGUCUCCUGUUGCAGCAGCUACUGUACAGUCUGCUGCGUCUCUCCUUGCGAAUACGGCACCGCUGGCGCUCAUGACAUCACCGCUCUCCGUAACAAACCCAAAUGUGACGGCAACCUCUCUAAAUCCGUUUGGCAUGUUGGGCGGACUGGUACCGGUCACCAUGCCAUUCCAGUUUCCUUUGGAGCUGCUCAGCUUUGGGAGUGACACUGCUGGUGCAGUAACAUCCCCAGGUUCUACCUCAGCAGCUUUCCACCACAAUCUCACACAGAAUAUACUUAAAGGGUUACAGACCACCUCCACGCACACACCUACCAUCUCUCACUCCGCUUUGCCUCCUCACUUGCAACAAGGGUACGCAGAUGCAGCUCAAAGUAAAGGGGACUCUAAAUUGCAACGUAAAAACCCAUGACAUCUGACCAGUGGAACUAAGUGGACAAGUUGAAUUAAAUUUUAUUCUUCUGGUUGGCUUGGACAGUCCUAUGGGAAAGUGCUUUGCCGUCAGAAAAAGCUGCCGUGUGCUGUUAAUGUUUACAUGAAUCCUAAGCACUGUGGAAAGCGGAACGAAUACUUGAUCAAAGGAAAGAGGAAGGCGGCAGCGGGAGUUCACGAGCAUGGCCGGCUAUAUGUUGGUGCUAUCAAGCCACAAAGGAUUUCUUCUUGGGCGAGGGAUAGACGGGGGAUGAAAUUCUCCUCCUGUAACCUUAAUCACUGGGCUAAAUGAUUGUUUUAUAUUUAUUUUUGUUGCAGGUAUCAUAGAGCAUAAACCACAUGAAAUGGAUACAUUUGCAUUCCAUUCCAUAUUACUGAGGAUUGCAGGACAAGGCUGCUGGCGAAAACCUAGUUACGAAUAAAAUGCAAAACUCACACCUUGUUGCCCACUCUUAAGAAACUUAUAUUUGUGGAAUUUCACAGAUCAUUAUUUAAUUCAAGUGGGACUUAUUUUUCAUUUUUCCAGAUGGUCUAUAAGCAUAAAUAAUUGCCUUAUUUUUUAUUUAACAGUUUAAACAAAACAAAAAAAAACUUUUAAAAGUCACGUAGGAUUAAAGCUUUUUAAAAAUUUCUUGCACAAAGGUUCGAAACCAUACUGUCUUGGGAAGUUGAUAUUUUGCUCCUGUUUUUUUGUUUUUUUCCUUUUUUUUUUAUAUAGUAGAUAUACUUUUUUUGUGGGAGGGAGCAUUUAAAGGAAAUCAUGAGACUAAUAGUAAAAUUUGCUAUGAACAUCUUAGGCUUUCAUCGAGAAGUACUAAAAGCAUCUACAAGGUGGUGCAAGUGGCACAGUAAUGCUGGUUGCAAGCAUUUCAAGAUAAAAGUAUUAAGUGAAAAAAAAUAUCAUUAAACUAUACUGUUUCCACCAGUGUUUAAUACUUGAAAAGAUUUUUAGUUUUAUGUCUCUGAAUAUUUAUAACAAUUAUAGUUGAAAUUUCAAACUUUGAGAAAGAACGACAACAUGUUAGGUCUCUGGAUCAGUUCUGUUUAAUGCCUAAUCCUGUUUUUUUUAUUUAUAUGUUGUUGUUCUAAAUUGAUCUAAAGGCUGUAACUUUAUAAAAUCAUGUAGAAUACCCCUUUAGAAUCUGUUCAGGUGUACAGUAUCACAGGUACAGAUUUCAUACUGCAGAGUUCAAUGUAAACUAACUCAAUGCAGCUUUAAUUAUGGGCGCAGGGUACUGUAAAUGUGAAUAUACCCUAAAUGUUACUUAGAAGACUGAUGGUGGCACGAAAAAGAGAAAACUGUACUUCCCUUCUGUUUCCCUGUCAGUGCUGGUGUCCGCGGUCAGUGCUUUCUGUCCUGACACAUAGGAAAUGUCAGCUCCACCAAUCACCAGUUGUAGCGGUGUCAUGUCUCAGCCAGGGGUCAGCUGAGCAGGCAUUUUGUGUGUCAGGAUUGAGAGCAGGAAGUGGUAACAGGCGGGUACAAUGAGAGCAGUGUUUUUGUUUUGUUUAUAUUUGUUUUUUUGUUCUUUCCACCGUGAGGUCUUUUAACCCUAUGCCAUUAAGUGGAAGCUGUCAGCUGUAUAUGUUGCCAAGAGCUGCAGACAGAUGGAUAACUGUUAUGAAGAAUGAGAGCAAACUGUACCCUUU